CUGACUUUGGUUAGAAUGCGUAUCAAAAUCAGACCUUCUAAUUGGUCUGUAUCUGAAUACCCCUUAUCCAAUAUCCUUAUCUCCACCACAAGAAAUGGGACUCUCUUCUCACCCACACUUUAUUCUGCACAAAUACUUGUCCAUCAUCCCCCAACAUUUCCAAAUCCAAAUUCUUCAAUGGCCAUGGCAACUCAAGCUUCCCUCUUCACUCCAGCUCUCUCUGCCCCAUGGAAACAAUCACUCGCCUCCUUCUCCCCUAAGCAACUCAAAUCCACUGUUGCAGUGACACGACCCAUCCGGGCCAUGGCCGAGGAAGCCGCGGCCGCACCUGCGGCCACGACUAAAGAAGAAAAGCCCGCUCCUGCGGGCUUUACCCCACCACAACUGGACCCAAACACGCCUUCCCCUAUCUUUGGUGGCAGCACUGGUGGGCUUCUCCGCAAAGCCCAAGUUGAGGAAUUCUAUGUCAUCACAUGGGAAUCCCCUAAAGAACAGAUAUUCGAGAUGCCAACUGGUGGUGCUGCUAUCAUGAGAGAAGGCCCAAACUUGCUUAAAUUGGCAAGGAAGGAACAGUGUUUAGCACUUGGUACUAGGUUGAGGUCUAAGUUCAAGAUUAACUACCAGUUUUACAGGGUGUUCCCUAAUGGUGAGGUGCAAUAUUUGCAUCCUAAAGAUGGUGUGUACCCUGAAAAAGUGAAUGCUGGUCGUCAAGGAGUGGGCCAGAACUUUAGAUCCAUUGGUAAGAAUGUCAGCCCAAUUGAAGUCAAGUUUACUGGCAAACAACCGUAUGACUUGUAAGGUGAUGAUGAAUGGUUAUUUUGUGCCCUUUUAUGUAAUUGUUAAUGAUUUUGUGAUUUUGUAAUUUUAAUUUGCCACUACAAAUACAAUGAUGGAUCCUAUUAAUUAUUUCUCUUGUGUUAA